UAAUUAUUCAGGGCUUAAACUCUACCAAAUUAUUAAAUGUGCACAUCAAUGCUAUCUAUUGCCGAAGCGUCAGUGCUGUUGUCCGUGCAUGCUGAGCAGCGUCUACGGCAGCGAGGCUCCGGGAUUGUCGAGGGCGCGUGCCGCCGCGGUGCCGGCUCGGUGCCGCCGCUGUCCGCCGCCGAGCGAGUCGAGUGCGGCGAGUGCGAGUGCGGCGAGGCGCCGCGGCGUGUGCACAAACGGCUGCAUCACGAGGGCCCGCGAGGGGCGCCGCUCUAGCCGUCUUUUUUCAUUUUGCGUGCGUCUUUUUUUGGCAGCGCGCGUUAACCUUGGAUUUUUUCAUAGCGAAGCGCUGCACGUACGCGCGCAAGUUUCGGAUAGUCGUAGAGCGUCCCCCACUCGGCGCGUCCGAAUUUUCUGCAUUCGGGCGGCGUUAAGAGUUUUCGGCGGUCGCAUUCGCGAGCGAGGCUCCCCGCGGCUAGGAGCGACCCGCGCACCGGCACACACGGCUAGUGCGAGCGAACCGGCGGCGCGAGCGCAAACGCGCGCUGCAACAUGCGGAAGUGACCACGCCACCGACCACCGUGCAGACUGUGUGUGACUCGAGUGUUGUGAACCACGAACACGGACAGUGGACUACAAGUGUGCAAACUAUGACUUGUGCGUAGCUCGCCCGAGCUCUGAUGCUUUACUGUUGACGUUUACCAGGACUGUUGGAAUUUGCGACAUGGAAUCGAGGGCAGGUAUACGAGGCGGCCCGGGCAUGGACUCGCAGCAGCAGCAAUACUGCCUCAAAUGGAACAGCUUCGGCUCCAACCUGGCCAAUUCGUUCGCGAACCUGUGGAACUCAGAGAGCCUCGCCGACGUCACUCUUUAUUGCGAAGGUCGUCAGUUUAAAGCACACAAGGUGAUCCUGGCAGCAUGCAGCAAGCACUUUCAAGAGUUGUUCGACACAGCGCCGCCGAGCCACGCCGGCGCGUGCUAUGUGUUCCUCGAGGCCACCACGGCGGACAAUAUGCAGGCGCUCCUCGAGUUCAUGUACAAAGGCGAGGUGCACGUCAGCCAGGAUGCUCUCUCCAGCUUCCUGAAGAGUGGGGAGAAUUUGCAGGUCAAAGGUUUGUCGAUGGAGAUGUCACAGGAUGCGUGGGUGAAGCAACAGACACAGCAGGCGUCGACUGAGCGUCACCAGGCGCGCAUUAAGACGAGCCCGGUGUCAGGAUCUGGUAACUGUGAGGUGCAAGAGUCCGCUCCGCAACAGACGCACACGGCGACAUUUGCCCCGAUCAUGCCGCAGUACGGACUGCCCAUACAUAGUGGCUCGGGCAGCAUGGGUCGGUAUGCCCCACCAGCUCAUCAUAUGCCGCUGCACGCCUCUUCCCAUCGCAGGCCAGCUCCGCCGAAACCAUCCGCAUCCCCAAGCCCCCACGCACGGAAUUACAGGCAAAGCUCAUCAUCGUCCCACUGCGGCAGCGUGGCCGAUGAGCCAGACACCCGCUCGUCGCCAGGUGCCGGCGCGCGGUACGAGGAGAACAACCCACCAGACUGCACCACAACCCUCGGCAACCCGAUAAAGAACAACGGCUAUGAACGCUGCGCCUCGGCCAACGAUGAAAUGAUGGAACGCUUAUCCAACGAUCAGGGUGCUGAAGAUUUACGAGUGAAGAACGAAAAUGAGUACCAUCCCAGUGGCUAUAAUAACUCGCCGCCACCACCGCCGGCUAUCACCGGCACUAACUACCACGACAAGCCGCUGGAGACGUCGCCGGUGCCGCCCAAGCCGAGCCCCGACAUCUGGCCAGCCAAGCUGAUCACCAGCAAGUCUGGAGGGAUCGCUACUGCUGACGGAAAAAAGCUGAAAUGUCCAUACUGCGAGAGACUAUACGGGUACGAGACGAACUUGCGCGCGCACAUCCGCCAGCGGCAUCAGGGAAUCCGCGUGCCGUGCCCCUACUGCUCGCGCACGUUCACGCGCAACAACACCGUGCGCCGCCACAUCGCCCGCGAGCACCGCCAUCAGGUCACCCCACAACUCCCCCAAGGCACCGUCCCCAACCACACGCAGUAAGACCUCGUCCUACGCACCUUUUGUUCUCUAUUCUAUUCAACCGAACUACCUCUGCUUUCGGCGGGCGUCGGCGGACGUCGGCUCUGCGGAUGUCUCCCUCUCGCAGGUUUCUACUCGUAAACUUUCUUCGGCGUCUCCGAGGUAAACGCGGGCGUCGUCUCGCCGCAGCCGUGCAACAUGCAUACAAUAAAUUACCUCGUUGAUGCAUAUUAUGUAAUCAGUAUCUACCUCAAAAGUUGAUCUUAAGAUUUUUUAAGGUUAUGAAAAUUGUGCGAUAAUUGUUACUUAAUUUAAUAUACAUGUGUGACUACGAAUGGUUGCUCAGUACUGGUCUCUGUCUGGUACCAUGUUUGAAAAAUGUUGUACCUCGUUAUUGCACCUUCAUCGCUUGAACGUACCUUGAUUUUUUGCAAACUUCGAUAUGUCCAGUGACAGUGGGAUAGAGUUACCUUUGUAGACGUUUAAUUUUGUGCUCUCGGUCGAUAUGACAUAGCUUAUAUAAAAUUAUCUGAGCUAGGAAAUCUUAGAAAUGAUGUUGAGACUGAUGGUCAUAGGCUAAGUGUAUGUAAAUAAUAGGAGAAUGUUGUAAAUCGCCUUGGCCUAGGUUGAAACAAGACAUACGGCGCACUGUGGCAAAACUACCUCUGUUUAUUUUAAUAUAAUUUAUUUUGUAGCAUUUCUGCACACGUACGUGUACAUACUCGUAAUGACAAUAGUCUAAAGUGACAUACUACAGUUUUAAGUUACAUAUUCGAACAUAUCUGUGAUACAAUACCGAACAAUUGGGCUGAGUUUAGAUUAUCUAUCAUUUUGCCACAAUGUCGAUGAAGGAGAAUGUGCGAGAAUAUACGAAUGUAGAGUUUCACCAGUUUUUUACUGUACAGUGAAUAAUGAACGGUUUUACUUUUGUACAAAGUACAAUUUGCCGUAGAUACAUAAGUAGUUAGGGAAAAAGUGUUAUAAAAAUGUUUGCAUGUAAGGUUCGAUGCAUGAAUGCGUUUAACAAAUCCAUUUCAAUCGUUCGCAAGUCGCAACAGGCUCGCCUGGUCGGGUGUUAUUAUUGAGACCAAAUGAUUAUAUGUUACAUGGGAUGGUGUCGAUUUUAACAUUCCGUUUUGUUCUUCGUAGUGCAUUUAGAUGAAGGCCACUUACUACUUCUAUAUUCCUAGUCAUUUCAAGUGCAACCAGUUGAGAUUUAUAAAUGAAAAAAUAAUUAUUUAAAUGAUAAAUGAUGGCCUACCCGCGGUGUGAUGUAUUAUAUAUUGUUGAUUAGACGUCGCGGGCCGGCCGGUGAGUGUAAUACAUGAAAUAUGACAUAUUUCAGCUGCAAUAAAUGGUCUUAGGUUACAUAAAGCAGACAGUGCCAAAUAUCCUCAAUUUUAAGUUCACAUUUGUAUUAUUUAUUUUUAUUUCUUGUUAAGUGUGAAUGUAAUGACUGUGCGUUGUAUUCCUGAUAUUUAGGAAUAAGUUGCAUUCAUAUUUAUUAUUAUAUUUAUAUUUUAGGAUACACUUAUUGGAUAUAUUUAUGGAAGUUAAUCAAGGCUCAGUGACUUUUAUUUAGUUUCAGUUUAUACAACAAUUAAAAGACAGCGUAUAAGUUACCUUUGUUUUAUGAUUAUUCGUUUUUUGAUAAUCAAAAAUGGAAUUCGAUUCGCAUAUUGAAAAUAGGGGUUAACUUCAUAAUACUUAUGACUUAUUUUAUUACAUUUAUGUAUGCUAUUAAUAUUAUGUGUUUUAUAACUACCAACUAGAUGCAAGUUGUGCAUCGCCAAAGUGAUUUUAUUUUACGUGACAAAUUUGCUUUAAGGUGAUAAUGAAAGUAAAUAUUGUUAUUUUUUAUGCAGAAUUAAAUCGAAUGCCAUUUAUUAAUGAAACCUAAUAGUAUAUUUAGUUUAAUAUGCAUUUCUUUUUAAUUUUAAAGAAGUUACUCGAAUUUAAACUGUAAAGUACUGACCAUAUCAUUUAUUUUUACAUAACAGUAUCAAGGUACAGGGUGUGUGCAAAUUAAAACCCAAUAUUUAAUAUACGAAUUGGAUUCCAUAUAUUCGACAGUAUCAAUAGACCUAAUAGAAGCUAGUUACAGUGAAUAGAGAAUUAUAUUUUAUAUUACGUAACAGGCUAUUUUGAAAUAUUAUUUUCUACAAAUGAUAUUUUAAUGAAAUAAUCUCUUACGCAUUCUCAUGUUUUAAUGUAAAUCUGUAUUGAUUUCAAAGCAACGCUCAUGGGAUGGUAGUUCUUAGUGUCAAGAGUUCACAGGCUUACAUUAUUUUGCUUGAAAAGGGAAAUAUUUGGGAUUGUUAGACAUUUAAUGUCAAAUUCGGCAGUGGGUGGUACAGGAUUAUGAAAUUUGGCUUAGUUCUUUGUAAAUGUAUGUUACGGUAUAUGAUAGUUAAUUAUCGCACAGAAAAUCUUUGUUUUUUUGUCUGUGACCUCAAGGAUUUGGUUGGGUGUUCGUGCGUUUGGUAUAGUGUGUCGAGACACUGUCAUCUUGUGUCGAGGGGGCUUUAGAGAAGGCCGGGGGACGUAUCUAUGCGGAUUUACCGCGCAAUGCCUUCGUUUGGUUCAAGAAACGUCGCUUCGGGAGUGAACUUUUCAACAUCGACAGUUUUCGUCAAUUUACGAUUUAUUUUUCUUUAUUGUAAAAAAAUUUAAAAUUUACUUUUAUUGUCAUUCUUUCGGUAAGUGUAUUGUUAAGAAAAUGUUUUGCUAUUUCGAUUAUUUCAAAUUGUUAUCAUAACGUUUAUUAUACGAGAGGUAAUUGUUCUAUUUUGGUUUGUUCUCUUAUGAAUUCAAAAUUCAUAGUUGUGAUUUCUUUUGACAUUUAAUGUUUUUUGUGAUACGUUAAAGAGAAUUGCAUUAAUGCAUCACGUUUUUUUUUAGCUUCGUAAUUCAUUUCCUUCGUUUUAGAUCGAUGGUAUAAGUGUUAACAAACGAAUGUAAUGUCAACUGGCAUUAAAGUUGACGAAAUCAAUAAUUAGAUUUGCAUCUUUCGAAAUUUUUAAAGGUACAAAUUUUAGAUUACAUUAAAGUGUGUGUAUUUUUAUUCCACAAUAUUUUUGUGCAUUUGUAAACAAUUAUUUCAGGUGAUUGUACAAAAUUAAUGAAAUAAUUCUAUGUAUUUCGGAUUAUCGGAUAACACCACUACAUUAAGUUGGCGCAUUAUUAAAAAUAAUUAACGGACGAUUAUAAGUGGUCCCUAAUAGUAAUUGUAAUGUAUUUGAUGUGAUAGGGUCUCACAUAUUUUAGUCAAUGUAUCGCAAUCCCCUUAUCAUGGACUUGGGCCGGUCCCCCUAUAUAAUGUGGCUGUUAUUAUUAGUCGGAGUUGGCUUGUGAGAGUUAACCGCGUGGGUCUCAUAGACCGGCUACGGCCAACGUUUGCGAGACACACGCGGCACAGUAAUCUGAAUUGGAUCCAAUGUUUCACCAAUGCGAAACUAUUAUGUUGCUCUUUAUGACCUCAUUUACAAUUAUAAAUUAGUUUUUGCUUAAUGGAUAUCGCAUUUAAAUGCAUUUUGGUUCCGUUUCUGGUUUCAUAGAUAAGUGUAUGUUGUAAGUUUUUUUUUCUUAUUUGUAAAUAAUGUCGCGAGAUGUCGUGAUGGUAAAGCCAAAGAUUGUUACGGGUAUGGUGACCCUCUGCCGUCACACGGGCCUUGUUUGGAUAUUACUUUCGAACGUCCGCGCCUUCGGGACGCGUUUGAAUAUAUUUGAACGUAGCCUCCGACAUGGCCCUUUUAGUUUUAGCAUAAGAGUAUCUACCUCGAGGAAUAUAAUUUAGUCUUAUGUAAGCCAUUAAGUAGAUUUUUUAUAUGAAGAAAAAAAUUAUAAACUCUAGCGUGUAAGCGUAUCGUGAAAAAUAAAAAAAAAAUGUUAAUAAUAAUUUAAUAAAAAUUAAAGUACAAAUAUGCUACCUCAGGAUUCAAUUUUAGUGACUCGAAAUUUUAUAACUGUCUCGGAGAUGUAUUUUGGAUGGGAAUGGAAAUUAUAUGUGACAGAUAUUUUUACAAAGCUCUUGUUGGUUCUAGAUAAGAUAUGUAAAUAAAGCUGGAUGUUAACUGUAAAGCACGUAAUCUGAAUCUCUGCAAGGUAGGCUGCGGACGAAUAACUCUGUUGUAUGCUCAAAUGAUGUUUACAUCGACGUGUCACUAGGGUUCGUUGUAAUCGAGCUGAGUUGAUGGUGUAGCUUAAGUGUUAUUUAGGCUAGUUCGUAAUCUCAUUCACGUACCUCCUACCAGAGCGGCGGGACCGGCCACAACCACGCAGUAAUCUAAUUGUACCUUCCUUCACUCUCCGGAGUAUAAAACACUUUUUUUUUUAUUAUUUCUAUUAUUACUUUUUCCCCAGUUAAUUUUUUUUGUGUUGCAUAGAUGUUACUAUGUUUUAAGAUGAUGAAAAAAAUUGAAGAAUUAUUGUUUGUUAGGUUUCUGCGAAUUAAAAAAAAUGUCACAAAAUUAUUUUUUUUGUUUAUUUUUCGUUUUCCAUAUUUUUUUUUCCUUUUUUACGUUUCAUUGACAAGUUUACACCCGUCCAUCGUGUUUAAUGUUUAUUGUAAUACUUAAGUACAUUAUUUAAGAUUGACAUUUAAGUAUCAUACACAUAAAUAAAUGCACCUUACUGGGCAGCAACGUUUAAGAAUAAUCAAUGGAUGUUUUUAUAUUUUAAGGAUGCACUAAUAUUUAAUCGAUCUCAUUAAUGGAGGUCUCUACGAAUUUGAUAAUGAAAAAAAAAUGUUUUCUCGCAUUUAAUGUUAGUUAUGCUCACUCCAUCACUUGAUAAAGGAACUCGGGCUGAAGGGACGCGAUGACAACCUAAUGGUUGAAGGUAAAGCGUAUAUUGGAUUCGAUCAUUUCACUUUUCAUGUUAAUACUGGCUCUAUUCGUAUUUUCGAUGUUUCGAAUACAUUAUGUGACGUGGUAGUCACUGACGGCUAUACACGUCUCACGUGUUUAUAAAACGUCUUAUGACGUUCAAUGAGUCUCGAUGUCGGUUAGUCUACGUUCUCUGUGUCAUCUUUGUGUAAUUGUAUGGAGGAUUAUUAAAUAUUAUUAAUAUAAAUUAUUCGAAAAAUAAAUUAACGCAACGAGCACUCUCUCAUAAAGAACUAAAGUACAAAUAACUGAAGUCUUAACGAGUUACUGCCAGUACAAAUUAAUUAAAGGAGAGAAAAAAUAUAUGGUAUCAUUUUUUUAUGUGAGUGUUGCCAAAAUUGUAUUUUUUGGGGCAUCGGUGGAUAUAUUUUAACGUAGUUUACUGGGAAUGUACAAAUGUAAAGAUCUGUGGGACACGGCAGCCCACUAAACAUUGGGCUACUUUUGUGAGCAUCCAAUUAAUUUUCUUAUAUAAUAUCAAUUGUUUUACAUUACUUUCAAGUGAAAGCGAGGGUAUGAAAAAUGGUCUACAUCUUAGUAAGUGGUCGAAUAGGAAGAUAGAAUGGUGACUUAUAUUUAAACCAGGAUGGUUAUAAAACUAAGUACGUAGGAUUUUGUACGUAGCAAGGUAAUGCUUAAUGGGAAAAAAAAUUCGCUCGUCGGGUCUAUGUCUGUAAAGGAAAA